AUGGCCCCCUCUCUGGUCGAGGCCACUCCUCUAUCACUUCGGUCUGCACCAAAUGCUGCGCUGAAGACUGAUGCUGGUUUCAACAAGGAAAACCUGAUUGGCUAUGGGGAAGCCUACAAGCAUGACAACGAGCUUAAGGGAACCGAAAAGCAGCCUCCGGCAUCCUUCCCCAACUAUCUGCCUGUCUGGGACAACGAAACUGAAAGAUACCCGCCUCUUCAGCCCUUCGAGCACUAUGAUCACGGAAAGGACGCUGACCCGACCUUCCCUGAUCUCCUACCCAAGGACAAAGUCGAAGUGGACGAUAUCACCCCUACGAUCGGCACCGAACUACGUGGGGUGCAGUUGAGCCAGCUCACCAAGGAAGGAAAAGACCAGCUGGCUCUGUAUGUAGCUCAGAGGAAGGUCGUUGCCUUCCGCGAUCAGGACUUCGCACAUCUUCCUAUCGACAAGGCCCUGGAGUUUGGUGGUUACUUUGGCAGACACCACAUUCACCAGACGUCUGGAGCUCCUAAAGGCUUCCCGGAGAUCCACCUUGUUCAUCGAGGAGCCGAUGACCGCAGUGGCGCUGAAUUCUUGGCCACACGCACCAACACCAUCACUUGGCACUCUGACGUGACGUUUGAGAAGCAGCCCCCUGGUACGACAUUCUUGUACAUCCUGGAUGGACCCACAAGUGGCGGAGAUACCCUCUUCGCCGACAUGGCGCAGGCAUACCGACGGCUGUCACCCGAGUUCCGCAAGAGACUGCACGGGUUGAAGGCAGUCCACUCUGGUGUGGAGCAGGUCAACAACAGUCUGAACAAGGGCGGUAUUGCACGACGUGAGCCGAUCACCUCGGAGCACCCGAUCGUCAGAACCCACCCGGUUACUGGAGAGAAAGCCCUUUUCGUGAACCCACAAUUUACACGAUACAUCGUGGGUUACAAGAAAGAAGAGUCCGACUACCUUCUCAAGUUCCUCUACGAUCACAUUGCACUCUCGCAGGAUCUCCAGGCUCGGGUCAGAUGGCGCCCUGGAACCGUUGUUGUUUGGGAUAACCGAGUUGCUAUUCAUUCUGCGCUUUUUGACUGGGAGGAUGGCCAGAGACGGCACCAUGCCCGAAUCACGCCACAGGCAGAAGCGCCGUAUGAGACUCCAUUUGAAGGUUGA